AUGAGUCUUAAUAAACAGCAAGAAGCGAAGGAGAGUACCAACUUCUUGCCUCAACAACCUCCCGACACAUCUCCGUUGGUUCAACAUGCGGGUCAAGGUCCACUGCAAGGACCUAACUCUGUUCAUCAAACGCAUGUAUCUCUGCCUUUGAUGAGUGUUGGUGUUGGUGGCGUUAACCCUUCAAGCUCGGCAGUGGCUGUCGCCGCCGCAGCUGCUGCCGCCGCUGUUUCCUUGAGUCUGGUCCAGUCUCCUUUAGAUACAUCAGAUGGAGCUGGUAAGUCUAAAGACAACAAUAAGACUGCUACUACUAAUAGCAACAACAACAGCAACAAUAUCAAUAGCUCCAAAGGUCCUUCAAACAACUCUAAUAAAGCUGAUGUUGUCGAUACGUCAAAUGACAGCAAAUUAGUAAUAGGCGCCGCCACCCGGGCCGUUGAUACCAGUGGCACCGCAGAAAUGAAUGACGAUGAUAUUAUUAUUGAUGAUGUCGAACAUGAUGUUGUUGAUGAUGAUGAUGAUGACGAUGAUGAUGACAAAUCCAAGUCGGCCAUGAUGCCUCGGGGAUCUUUAAAACGUCACCGUAUCCCUCAUCAAGUUUCGCGUAAGCGUAGAAGUUACCAUCCAAAAGAUACCAUUCGGGCUAACGACAUAGCUUCCCCCUCUUCUCUGACUCAACCAGCAUCUCCAAACCAAGAUUUCUUUAGUGACCAAGAAGGCCCCUCUUGUUCCAGUUCCAUUCGUCGAAGCAUUGCGGGAAUGAACCAAGCUUAUUCCACUGAUAACAAUCCUCACCACAUCUCUUUGAACGACCGUGUGGAGGAUGUUGAUACUAUCCCUAAUACCUUACCUGGUGAGUCACUUACAGAAAAGUCUCAGGAACCUACAUCGAAGACUGACGCUUCUCAAUCUGGCCUGUUUGUCCAAUUUCUGUUAUUAUUCAAUAGAUUGCAUGGGCCUUCAACUAACUCCGACAACAGGUCUCCAAGUACUCUGCCCAAGUCGAUGAAUGCCACUCUUCCUUCAAAAGAUAUUGAAAAGUCGAACGACAACGACAACUCCAAGGUCGAUGCUACUACAUCAACUCCAAUCCAAAUUCAACAACAAGGUCAAGUCCCAAUAUCUGCUCCCACCGCAGGUAAGUUUGCUCACAUACAUCAUAAUAUACAUCCUGAUUCCUUUGCAAGCGCAUCUCAUGCCAAGAUUGCUAAAGCUCUCACUAUGCAACCUACAAUUAGACCUUUAAGUGCUCUCAGAGUCUUGAAUUCUGCAUCUACAACAACCUCCUCAUCUCCUUCAAAGGGGGGUGCGUCCAACUCUAAAAUCACAAUUCAAUCUGCAUCAACAACUUCAAACUCCAACACAUCCACCAGCACCACAAAAGCGUCCUCUAAAACAGCCACAGCUUCUCCAACAAAUGGUUCAGCCAACGCAACAAGCUCUACUUCAAGUACCACUUUUGGUAAGACCAGUGGAAGAGCAAACCAAAAUAACAAUGGUAACAACAACCCCAACAAUCCUAACAACAACUCUAUCUCUACCAAAACCCACACUUCAAUUGCUCCCAGCGCAAAAUUUGUUAGACGAUUCCGUUCACGAAGUUUGCCUAUUAUCGCAUACACCCAAUCAUCUAUGGCUGCCAACCAAAUAGGCAGUUCUGCUCAAUCAAAAUUCAACAACACUUCUCAUAAUCAUUCCCAUAAUCCACAAUACCGUUACAAAAGCACCCAAGUUCCACCUGUUCCUCCUAUUAAUUUGCAAAGCUUACGAGAAAUUGAUUUACAUGAAAUCUUGAAGAAUCCUCAGUUACGUCAUGACAUCCUCUUUGAUCCUCAAUUACAGUUUCGCCCUAAUUUAGAUGGCGAACGUGGAAGAAGAAAGAAGCUGAUUAUUGAUAAGUACUGGAUUGAGAUUCAAAAGGAAUGCAGUCAAUUUUUCAUGAAUCCUCCUAUUCCUCCAAAGAACAUAAAAAUCUCAAGAUUACCACUUUUGUUCAGUACUCUUAGAGAUAUUUUGUUACUGCUUUUGCCUCAUAAAGAUAGAGCUGCAGUUAAUGACGUUAUGGAUAUUUCUCUUGCAGUUCAACAAUUGCAACAUGGUCUGUUUGAUUUUGUGAGCUUGGCUAAGUGGUUGGGUGAUGUGUUCAAGUCUCAUUGUGCACCAAUGAGAGACCAAUGGGUUUUGGAAAUGAUCAAUAAGUUUGAAAUUGCGUACAGCACGAGUAAUGUUGAUAACCUUGUUGGUGGUUUGAGAAUGAUCUUUUCCAUUUUAGAAGCUAUGAAGUUGGAUGUUGCAAACCAUCAAAUUCGCAUUUUAAGACCUGUUUUGGUUGAAACAGCUGUUGAUUUUGAAAAAGAUUAUUUCAAUCAGUUGAUUAGCCAUUGCAAAAUUGAUAUCACUGAUUCCUUGAAAUGGUUUUCAAAGAAUUAUCAAAGUAAAUGUGAUACCAUUACUUCGUUGAUGGGAAGAGAAUCUCAGGGCUCCUUUUCUGCUCCUAAUUCAUCCAGAAGUAGUAACACUACAACAUCAACGACUUCAACCUCGAGCUCAACCGCAUCAACUGCUUCUGAGCUUGAAUACAAGAGCGUUUUAGUUUGCUCCAUAAUUGAUUUUUUGUCUUGCCGAAACAUGGCAACUGAAUUUCCAAGCACACUUGCUUUUGACCACACACGUCUCGUGUUACUCAGAGCAGAUGUCAGACAGUUAGUAUGCGUGCAAUUGUGUAUUUGUCUCUACAGACAACUUUGCGCAUUAAAGACGUUACCACCUCCAUCUGCAACUCAAGUGCAAAGGGUACAAGAGGAGAUUUUGGCAAUCGUUACUGACGACAAUGGGAACGUCAAAUGGACACGGAAUGUUGAAGCCACUAGUUUACAGUUAGUUAAGGCGGUGGAUCCUUCAUUGUCCAAGAGCUUGAUUGACUUUAGUUACAAUUGGUUGAUAAAACAAAUUCAACCAAGUUCUGAAGUCUAUGGUUUGAUGGAGGAGAAGAUUUUCAAAGUAUUGACUACCGACAUUUUAACGGGGUUACAUACGUCCACCUCGACCACUUCUAAUAGUUCAACCAGUGGUGCUGUACCUGUGAGUGCAAGCACCAGUGUUGUUUCGACUAGCACAACCUCAUCUGCAGCCGUGCCCAGUGGAGCAGCUACUUCAAACACAGAGGGGAAUAAGGUCACUGAAAUGAGUAAUAUUCUGAAUAGAAUAUUGACAUUAGUGAAGUUCCAUUGGAGCGUAUUUGGGUCAUGUUAUGUUGACUUUUUAACUAACAGUUAA